UCACAAGAUGGCGGCUGCCACGAAAAAUGAAAUUUUUGCUGCAUUUUUCACAAAUACCGUAAAAUGUACCAACUGUUGCACAUAUUUAUAUUGUGUACAGUGCGAAGUUAUUUAUAUGAGUCGAUACUGAUCUGACUAGUGACUUGGGGAUGAAAUAGAUGGUAAAGUCUGGUUUUGUAUGCUGGUGAGAAGUUGACAUGGCCGGAAGAGGGCGUGGCCGUGGAAGAGGUCUCUCAUUCAACAUAGAGAGUCUCGGUUUUGGAAGGGGUGAUUCGCUUCCAGCAGCUUCUCAAGAGCCACCACCACUUUAUCCUCCCUUGCAAUUCAAACCAGCUCCUCUGAAGACUGGAGAAGAAUUAGAUUACCUCCUGGCCCUGAAGCAAGAGUUCCGAGGGACAGUCAGAGAGUCACCAUUCUUUAUCAAGCCACUUGAAAGGAGACGUGAUGUGGAAAGAUAUUCGGACAAAUACCAACUGAACCAGAAUGGAGACAGUAAUAUCAGGUGGGAACCAGACUGGACUCGCUUUCCCGCAGAACUUGCUGCCAAAAAGAAACGAGUAGGCAAAAAAACUGUGGUUGCUGCCCCAAAACUCGUGGCAAAGAAGGGUGAUGUCCUUGACAAGAUGAUUGACAAAACUUUAGAGGACUUGGCGAAAAAGGAGGCAAAGCAGGGUGAUGAAUCGGGUGAGGAGGACGAGGCAGCCAAGUCGGAAGAUGAGGAGGAGAAUGAGGGAGAGGAAGAAUUAGAGCUUGGAGAGGAUGAAGAAUUUGAAGAGGAAACCGAUUACAAUCUGAACUAUUUUGAUAAUGGAGAGAAUUAUGGCAAUGAUGAUGAGGACGAUGCCUUGGAUGAUGGACCAGUCUACUGAUGCUGCUGAAGAAAAUAUAUGAUUGAUAAUCUGAAAGUGGGGAUUCUGCGGAAUGGUAUUGAGAGAAAUUGAUGAGGGGCACAACUCAAGUUUGCUAUUAAACUGUGUUACCAGGAUUUUGUCUCUGGGGAAAAGAAUUGUAAGGACUGUGAAUGUUGUGGGAAAUAGACCUGUAAGGGGUGUUAAGGUUAUAGCCAUCAUAGUCUCAAUCUCGAAGCCCCUGCGCUAUGUUGUGCAACAGAAAAGCAUGAUUCAUAAUGUCUCCAUUUGGUUAAUGGCAUAUUAUUUGUGCAUUUCAUGGUUUUGCUGUUAGCUGUGCUAUGCCAGUGGCAGUUGUUUAUUACCAGUAUGUUUUUACAAUAAAAUAACUUUUUUUGU